GAAUCGGGGAAGUCGAUUAUUUCCAGAUUUCCAGGCAUGUGUUGUGAUUUGUGAAGAGGGGGCAAAAAACUGGUUAUAUUGUUGUUAAUGGAACUUAAGUUAUUAAAAACAAUUAUUUAAAACUUAUUCUAGUAUUUUUAGAAUUACAUUAUGAUUGGUAGGACGUCCAUAAUAUCUCGAAAGGUUUUGUUCUCCGAGCAGCAUGGAGGAUUAUCGUCCAUCCUUAGGCGAGCCAAGUCAAUGUCGACUCCCAUCAACAAGAUUAUCAUGUUUGUUCCACAACAAGAGGCCUGGGUUGUGGAAAGGAUGGGAAAGUUCUUUCGAAUUCUAGAGCCCGGACUGAAUGUUCUGGUACCCAUUAUUGACAAAGUGAAGUACGUUCAAAGUCUGAAAGAAAUUGCCAUCGAGGUUCCUAAGCAGAGCGCUGUUACAUCUGAUAAUGUUACCCUAAAUAUUGAUGCAAUACUCUAUCUUCGUAUUAUCGAUCCUUAUUUGACAAGUUACGGAGUGGAGGAGCCUGAAUUCGCCAUUACACAGCUAGCACAAACUACUAUGAGGUCAGAGCUGGGUCGCAUCUCACUGGAUAAGGUGUUCUUUGAAAGGGAAAGUCUAAACGUAGCAAUUGUCGAGGCGAUAAACAAAGCCAGUGCAGCCUGGGGAAUAACCUGUCUUCGUUACGAAAUCCGUGACAUAAAGCUGCCAAGUAGAAUUCAGGAGGCGAUGCAAAUGCAGGUGGAAGCGGAGCGUAGAAAAAGAGCGACUAUUCUGGAAUCUGAGGGAGUGAGAGAGGCCGAAAUCAAUGUCGCCGAAGGAAAACGCCAGUCGACGAUAUUGCAAUCAGAGGCUGAACGAGAGGAGCGCAUCAACCAGGCAACAGGAGAGGCUGCAGCUCUGAUGACAGUCGCCGAAGCCAGAGCAAAGAGUUUAGCUGUUGUCGCUGAAUCUCUCUCCAAAAAAGACGGCAAGCAUGCGGCUUCCCUAACAAUUGCAGAGAAAUAUGUGGAGGCCUUCCAGAAUCUAGCGAAAACCAGUAACACAUUAAUACUACCCAACAAUGCAGCUGAUGUGACAAACGUUGUUUCACAGGCAUUUGCAAUCUACAGAACGCUAGUCAAUAAGCAGGAACAGGAAAGCCAGACCUCAAUAAUUGCAGAGAAUGUUAGCGAGCAGACUCCAAUCAGAAUCGCCGAUAUUUGCACUGAAAAAUCAGAAACCAAGGAGGAUUCUUUCAAAUCGUCGCCUCCCACUUUGUAAUAUCAUUUCAUAGUUUGUAAGUAAGUCAUGAAAUGAUGGAACGAUUUUGUUAAAAUAUGUCAGAUUCAUAUUCAUCUCACUCGUAUUCAUAAUUAUUUUAUUAUAAUAUUAUUGCCAAAAUGUUACUCCAACCAAUUAAACUGUUAUUCUAAAAU